AUGAAAUUUAGGAAAAGUAAGGAUGAGGAACCCACUGCACCUGGGCAAGUGGCAAUUAGGAAGCGAUCUAGAGUUCCAGGGGUAAUGAUCACCCAGUUUGUGGAAGAAAUCCCAGAAGGAAAAAGUCACCCUGAUUUCACCCGCAAACCUAUUGCCCUUACUAUUCAGGAAGGAAAGUUUGGGUUUUUCAAAGCCAUUACCACUGGAGAUCCAACACCAACAGUGACAUGGGCUAGAAACAAUGGAGACAUAUCUGAUCCUGAAAGAUAUAAUGUUUUGGAUGAUCCACUUACAGGAGAACAUCAAUUGCAGAUGCCCAAUGUUGGAGUUGAUCAAGCAGACACCUACAAGUGUUUUGCAAAUAAUGAAUUUGGACGUGCUGUGGUCACUGUCACACUCAAUGUGAUUGAAGUUGGAUUCAAGAAGAGCAAAGCAAUGCAGGAGUCACGAUUAGAGAAAGCAGUAGCCGAUUUAAAAAAGAGCCUAAGGACUCGAGCUGAUCGCCAAAAGGAGGAGAGGAAAGAUGGAGAAGUUGAUGAUAAAUUCUGGGAACUGUUGCUGAGCGCUGAUAAGAAAGACUACGAGAGCAUCUGCGCAGAAUACGGGGUGACGGACUUCCGCUGGAUGUUGAAGAAACUGAAUGAGAAGAAAAAGGAGAUGGAGGAGCAGCGGUCGCAGUAUGUUGAACAUCUCACCAAUCUGAGACACAUUGAAAUUAAGACGCCAGGAUGUGCUGAAUUUGAAUUUGAGAUGGCCCUUAAGGAUCCCAAUGCCAAAAUCUUCCUAUUCAAGGAUGGUGUUCUGGUUCCAUUCAACAAUGAAACAGAUGAGAAGCAUUCUUUGCGCCAAGUUGGCAGGAAAUUCAUCUUUAGUGUUCAUGGUCUGAAUCCUGAGGAUGCUGGAUUGUAUCAAGUGGAUGUUGAGGGGGUCAAUGUCUUCUCCACUGACUUCAAAAUUCCAAUGGUGGACUUCUUGGUGAAGAUUCAGGAAGUGAAGGCUGUGGAAAGACAGGAUGCAGUGUUUGAGUGUGUCUUAUCUGCUCCACUCCCUAAGAUCUCUUGGGUGGGAAAAAAUGCUUCUCUGGUACCUGGUGAAAAGUAUGACAUCACAGUCUCUGAGGAUAUGCUAAUCCAUAGGCUGGUGGUGAAGGACUGUAUGACGGUGGACAAAGGCAUCUAUGCAGCUAUGGCUGGAAUUAAGUCUUGUAAUGCCUGGCUGCUAGUGGACCACCCAGGAGUUCACUUCAUCGGUGGGCUGUCAGAUAUUUAUGCCAUCAUCGGUCAGACAGCUGAACUGGAGUGCAAGCUAAGCCGUGAGAACUGUGAUGGCAUUUGGUAUAAGGAUGGAAAAGAGAUAACAGCCACAGAUGAUCUGAAGAUCAUCAAAGAUGGGGCAUUUCAUAAACUAAUCAUAACUAACUGCACAGAUGAGGAUAAUGGAAAGUAUCGAUUUGAGGCAGAUGGCCGUAAAACGGAAGGAAUAUUGGUGGUGGAAGACCCACCAAGACUGAAUCCAGAUGACUUGGCUAAGUUCUCCGAGCCUGUGAUCAUUAAGGUUGGCCAAAAUGCAAUUUUUAAACUAGACUUUGUGGGACGUGAGCCAACGAAAGUGCAGUGGUAUAAUGAAGGUGAGGAGCUUCUUGAGGAUAACCAUGUCAAGAUUGAAAGGACUUCCAGUCACAGUCGCCUUUUACUUGUGAAAUGUCAACGCAAAGACAGUGGAGAAAUAAAGCUCAAGCUCAAAAAUGAGUUUGGAACCAUUGAAGCCCUUUCAAGACUGAUUGUUCUAGCAUAUCCUGGACCUCCCUCUACACCCAAAGUGGUCAGUGCCUUCAAGAACUGCAUCACUCUGUCAUGGAUUUCUCCAGCCAACACUGGUGGAACCAACAUUGUUGGCUACAAUAUGGAUAAACGCAAAAGGGGCAGUAACAUAUGGGGUCAAGUUAACCCCCCUGACCAGCCAAUCAAAGGCAAACAGUAUGAUGUAAAAGAUGUUGUUGAAGGUAUGGAAUAUGAAUUCCGUGUGUCAGCCAUUAACUUUUCUGGCGCUGGAGAACCAAGCACACCCUCAGAAUUUGUGAUGGCCAGAGAUCCAAAAAAACCUCCUGGUAAAAUCAUUGAUCUGAAAGUGACCGAUUCAACCUAUACCUCAUUGUCUUUGAAUUGGACUAAACCAAAGGAAGAGGAGGGGGUCCAAGAUGAAGCUAAGGGGUAUUUUGUGGAAUUAAGGCCAGCUGAGAACACAGAGUGGGGUCGCUGCAACUCAAACCCUCUCAUUUCAACUUCCUAUACAAUUCUUGGUCUUAAAUCUAUGGCAAUGUACUGGGUAAGAGUGGUUGCAACCAAUGAAGGAGGUGAUGGGGAACCCCAAGAUCUGGACAAUUACAUAAUUGCCAUGCCUCCACCUGUACGGCCAAAUUUCACAGAUUGCAAAAUGAAGAGCUUUAUGGUUGUGAGAGCUGAAAAUUCUGCUAGGAUCAACAUAAAUUUUGAGGCAUCCCCUAUGCCAACUAUAAUCUGGCUGAAAGAUGGAAUGCCUGUGUCCAAACGUGUAACUGUGAGCAAUACAGAUGGGACAUCCCAGCUUCUAAUUCCAUCUGCUCAGCGUUCUGAUACUGGGAUCUACACAAUCAUUGUCAAGAACAUUGUAGGUCAGGAGACAUUCAGUGUUGAAAUCAGAGUUACAGAUGACCCCAAACCACCUGGUCCAGUGGAGCUGGAAGAAAAUGUCCCUGGCACCUUGACAGUUUCCUGGGACUCGUCUCCUGAUGAGAAACGGGAUGAUCACCUGCACUAUAUAGUGAUGAAACGGGACUCCAUCAAACGCACCUGGCAGACAAUAGCGGAGCGUUUGUUCAAUAACAACUUCACAGCUGUUAACAUCAUGCCAGGAAGGGAAUAUAACUUCCGUGUGUAUGCCAAAAAUGACAUAGGGCUCUCGGUACCAUCAAAGUCCCAAACAUGGGGAGUUGUAAGGAAGAAAGAAAAGUUCAGUCUUAACAUAGCCCCAUCCAAACCCUGCAACUUUGAUGCUGCACCCAUCUUCACGGUUCCAUUGAAGACACACACUAGCCCAGAGAAAUACGAGUGCUACAUGAGCUGUGCUGUGAGAGGCGACCCCACUCCCUAUGUCACCUGGUACCACAACAACGUCAGCCUCAACACGGACCCCAACUACUACAUUUGUAACUCCUGUGGUGUCUGUUCCCUGCUUAUUUUGACAGUCGGAGCCAGAAACAACGGAGAGUACAAAGUAGUGGCAGAAAACUCUAUAGGCCGUGCUGAAUGCAAGACACAGCUGAAAAUCCGAGAGUGAAUUAUCUGUGUGACAUCUUGAAGCAACUCAUCUUCAUUUAAAAGAUGUCAAUGGAAUCAAAAACCAUGACUUAGCAUUUAUAAUGUAUUCAUGUGAACUGCUCAUGUAUGAUUUGAUUAUGUCUUUUUGUUCUGCC